AUGACAUUUCAAACAAUGAGACGGCAAGUACUCUAUUUUGUUACGAUGCUCUGUCUAAGGACAGCCAUCGCACAAGUCAGUUACUCUAUUCCGGAGGAAAUGUCGAUGGGCUCUUUCGUCGGAAAUAUAGCCCAGGAUUUAGGGUUGGAUGUUAAACGACUGAAGAUGGGUAACGCUCAUGUUUAUUCUGGCGAUAGCAGAGAAUACAUCGAGCUGAACAAUGACAGAGGAGUCCUCCUUAUCAAAGAGAGAAUAGACAGAGAGGCGUUGUGCGGCGAUACGACGCCGUGUGCUGUGCAUUUCCAGAUCGUGUUAGAGAACCCUAUGGAAUUCUACAGCGUCACAGUGGAAAUAACAGAUAUUAACGAUAAUGCACCGAACUUUGAAAAAAACGAAAUUAAAUUCGUAAUAAGCGAGUCUACAGUUGUUGGGGCAAAAUUUGACUUGGAGCGAGCAGUGGAUUUGGAUGUUGGCUCGAAUAGUCUUCAAAGUUACGUGCUUAAGCCAACUGAUAAUUUUUUACUGAAGCUGCACAGUCAAGCGGAUGGUACGAAAAAUGUUGAAAUGAUCGUACAAAAACCUCUGGACAGAGAGAAAAACGAUCUGAUAUCUUUGGUGUUGACGGCUGUAGAUGGAGGAGAGCCACAGAUGUCGGGAACAAUGCAAAUUUCAAUCACUGUGUUAGAUGCAAACGACAAUGCUCCCGUUUUUACACGGAAGAUUUACAAAGGAACGGUGGCUGAAAAUGCUGCAAAAGGCACGAUCGUGACCACCGUUAGUGCUUCGGAUGCUGAUCAUGGUUUGAAUGGUAAAAUAAUGUAUUCAAUCACAAACACAUUGGAUGACGUCAGACAUAUGUUUGAAGUAAAUGAGGACAGCGGUGAGGUCAGAUUGAUCGGACGUUUGGAUUAUGAAAAGAAAAGACAUUUUCAGAUCAGUGUACGUGCAAGAGAUAAUGGAGGGCUGACGGAUUCUUGUAAAGUGAUUGUCGAUGUAGUGGAUAUCAAUGACAAUGAACCAACGAUCAAAAUCAUGUCUAAAUCUACUGUUAUAUCAGAGAGUGCAGAACCCAACACAGUUGUCACAAUGAUAAAUAUCCAGGACCCUGACUCGGGUGAAAAUGGUAAAGUUCAGUGUUUUAUAACUGAUAAUAUACCGUUUUUAUUGAAAUCAACUUCGAAUAAUUUCUAUAGCUUAGUGACAGACGGUGAAUUAGACCGAGAGAGAUCCUCUGACUUUAAUGUCACAGUGAUCUGCUCUGAUGAGGGCGUGCCCUCCCUCUCCAGCAGCGUCACUCUCACCUUACAGAUCUCUGACGUGAAUGACAACGCACCUGUCUUUGAGAGGAGCUCAUAUGAGGCCUACAUUGUAGAAAACAACACACCAGGUCUCUCUGUAUUCACAGUGAAAGCCAGAGACGCUGACUGGAACCAGAAUGCCCGUGUUUCUUACAUACUGGAGGACUCCUCUGUUAACGGAGUGCCAGUCUCCUCAUAUGUGUCCGUUAGUGCUGAUAGUGGAGUCAUCCAUGCAGUGCGCUCUUUUGACUACGAGCAGAUCAAAGAUUUUCACUUCCGAGUCAAAGCUCAGGAUGGAGGCUCUCCUCCACUCAGUAGUAACGUGACUGUGAAAAUACUGAUCCAGGACCAGAACGACAACCCCCCUCAGGUUCUGUACCCAGUCCAGACUGGUGGCUCUCUGGUGGCUGAACUGGUGCCUCGUUCAGCAGAUGUGGGCUAUCUGGUCUCUAAAGUGGUGGCUGUGGAUGUGGACUCUGGACAGAAUGCCUGGCUCUCCUAUAAACUGCAGAAAGCCACAGACAGGGCGCUGUUUGAAGUGGGCUCACAGAAUGGAGAAAUAAGAACUAUCCGCCAGGUCACUGAUAAAGACGCAGUGAAACAAAAACUGAGUGUUAUAGUGGAGGACAACGGGCAGCCCUCUCGUUCAGCUACAGUCGUUGUUAACGUGGCGGUGGCGGACAGCUUCCCGGAAGUGCUGUCGGAGUUCACUGACUUUACGCACGACAAGGAGUACAACGACAACCUGACUUUUUACUUGGUGUUGGCUCUGGCUGUAGUUUCCUUCCUCUUCAUCACGUGUGUAGUGGUUAUUAUCUCAGUGAAAAUCUACAGAUGGAGACAAUCUCGCGUCCUGUAUCACUCCAACCUCCCUGUGAUUCCAUAUUAUCCACCACGUUACUCAGACACUUUGGGGACAGGGACUCUCCAACACGUGUACAAUUACGAGGUGUGCAGGACGACUGACUCCAGAAAGAGUGACUGUAAGUUCAGCGGAGCUGGUAGUCAGAACGUGCUGAUAAUGGACCCCAGUGCUACAGGGACGAUGCAGCGGAUACAGAGUGAAAAGAGCAUCCUGGAUGAACCAGACUCUCCUCUAGAGGUUGGUUUCUUGCGGUCAAUUUGA